UAUGUUAUUCACAAUAGUAAUUUCAUACUCACAUCACAUGUAACGCUGGCCAAUGUUUACAUUUCAAAUCCCACUCCGCUCAUGGCCUGCAAUAUGACCCAAUGCACAGGACUAAUACCCUCGGGAGGUGUAAAACAAGCUUUACAGACAAUUUGUCACUGGUUAGUUACAGGAACGGCCGUCGGCAGAGCCCUGUCUCAUGUUAUUGCAUCGUCAGUGAAAUGAGACUUAACGUAAUGUUAAAACCCGUGACUCAGUAACGAUGUACGGUUCUAACAAGCGACCAGCUAAAGCACUGUACGCUCACUCGCAUCGCCCUACUUCCGUAUAAUGCAAUACGGUGCAACUGCACACUUCCUAUUGCACGUGGUGCACUAUAUGUGACUCUGGAACUAAACACACAGACCGUGCAUCGUUACGUGAGGCAGUCUGGUCUUAGCGUUUGCCUCUAAGCUUGAGUCCACAACCCGCCUUGGAACCAAACAACCUUUCCUCUCCGCCAAGCCCGCCUGAUCAAUACACUGCCUGUUUCUAGCCCGUUUGCUAUUAACACACAGACCAGGCGAACAUCACACUUCAUUGUUACCGGUACUUCACCUGGUGUGGUCGGACAAUUGUCGGCCUCGCUGUCCAAGACCCCUGGACAAUACUAUGACCAGACAGUCAACGUGAUGGUUCUGAAAUAACCAUUUGUGAUUGGUUUCCUGACUUCAUCGGUCAGCGAUAUAGCAGAGUUCCACCUCACCGUGGAUCACCUGGAAUUCGGAGAUCAAAGUGAUACCACUGUGAAGACAGGUUACCUGUGUUGUGUAGUGGACAGAGGUCUGGAUACUCUGUAUGUGAACGUGUGACCAUUCGUUUGAAAGCGACUGGCUACACAAACCACAGUGAAACCACAUGGGUCCAAGUUCGUCGUCUCGGGGCGAUUAGAAAGCAAUAACACUAACUACCAAGUGUCUCCGAGGAAGGAGAGAUGGAUUGCACUGUCGAUUAAUUCUGUGGCAUACAUCAAGCAGAUUCGUUUGUCCUAAUCCACAAGAUGUUUGCAAUCAGAGGACGAUGUGCUGGGACUUCGUAACGUCCACCCAGACUCAAUUUGUGUGUGAUAUACCGGUGCCACCUCGAUCGUACAAGCUCAACUCGGACCGAGAAACCUCUCCUAAAUCCUAUCCAUGUCUCAACAAAUCUUUGCUUAGGGGACGUAUAAACACAGUGGAGAAGGCUAAGGACGUUUUUAAGUCGAAAGGAUUUCAACUAUUUCGUACAAACCACGAACUCCGAGAGUUCAAGGCAUUAAAGACUGAUGAAUGGUUCGGACGAUAGUGGAGCAGUUCCUCGAGCCAGCAAUAUGUGUGAUUCCCCUGAUUAUGGUGCAUUACCAUCGUCGACGGCGAUGCAGCAACUGUUGUUGACGGUGGUGAUGGUGACGGGAUUUGUGUGCACGAAGACGUUGUUUGAUAACAUACGACGACGGCAGGCCCGUGUCACCGUUGUCGUUAUUGGAGCGGGGCCGAUCGGGUUGACGGCAGUUCUCGUUGCAGCGAGAAGUCGACGAGUUGGAAAAAUUAUUUUAUUCGAAGAGAUGUUUAGGAAAGUUUUACUAAACAGGCAGCAUCAAAUUGCGUUUGAUCACAAAAGUAUCCCUUUCUUGAAAAAAAUAGGAGUUGAUUUUGACAAUAUCGAGGGUUGUUGGGAAGGCGAUUGUUUUUAUACACGUGUGGGGAUUUUCCAAGAAUACCUUCUGGAUGUCAUUCAAAGGAUCAGAACUCCGAAAGAAAUCCGACUGGGUACCAAGUUUACCCGCGAGCAUACAAAAGAAAUAGAGUACAUCCCAGGGCGAAAACUCGUCAUCGUUUGUGAUGGAGCUAACGGCCAAGCAGUGCGUACGAUGGGACUUAGCGACGAGUUCGUACAACAUACGUGUAAGGCGUACGCUGCGGUGGCUGCCGUGGAUCGCCCGGAGCAACACAAUGUCCCCAUGCCGGAGAGACGGGUCCACAACCUGCACUUUGACUUGACAGCCUACGGGACGGAUACAAGCGAAUGUGAUGGAUUAACGGGAUUCUCUUUGAAAAUAUUUGGCAGUUCCAAGUCCCGUUAUAUGACGCUUAUUGUUCCGAAGUGCGAAUCUCCAUUAGUGAAAACAUUACGUGUUGUGUUAGAUAGAUCGAUGAUGAGAAAUAUCUUCAUGAAAUGUUUCAACACCUACAAGAGUACCUCUGAACAUUCGUUGAGUGAUUCCUUCGCUCUAAAAUUAAUGAAAUUCAGCCCACGACUGUUUGAGAUCAAGCUGUCGCAGAGACUGGAGACUGUGGCGUACUUCGAAGACUCUGACACGUUUGUUGUCGCCGAGGGAGACGCCGCAAGGUGCUACAAUUUCCACACAGGUUUAGAUGUCAACAUAGGAAUAAAAGGCAUUAUGACAUUACCAAACUUUCUCUCGAUGGUUCCAACGGCCAUGACGGAGCACUCAAUCAUGAAGGCAAUGAUGUACAAGUCCCGACAGGCGGACCAAGUUUGCAAAGACUUUGUCAAGAAUGGUUUGAGAGACUAUAUGUUCAGCAAGCAUUGACCCUGAUGAGGAAAAGUAAUGGUGCUUCUGAAAGUUACAGAGUUUGGUGUCAGCUUCAACGGCCUUGGGUAACAUUGGAGUAUGGGAUGGUUGAAUCUGAUGUUGAUGUCGUAGGAAGCUGUGAUGGUGAGGUUUGGGAGUCACUACUACACCGGGAUGACAAGACACCGCGACAACGUCUGUGUCUCUCUGCAAAGUCGUCGCAGACAUUGAAUUUGUUCACAUUAUGCUUGUGGUCACCACACCAAGACUCCAAGACAUCGUCAAUUUCUCAGAGUAAGGUCAUGACUAACGUCUCAAGAUCGUGGACACCACGGCACAACCCCACAGUGUCGUCACACCGAGACACCAUCUGUGCCAGCUAGCAAGGUCAUGACUGACGUCCCAUGAUCGUGACACCACGGUUGACAUUGUCGUCACACCGAGACACCAUGCAAGGUCAU